AUGUCUUCCACUGUAAUUGUUGAUCGUACUUCUAACUUGACCGUCCACGAAGCUCCAAAUAAGAACGCCAACGAUGUUAACCAGGAAGACCUCUCAGGUCGAAACUACAUUCGCUGGGAUGCUGAAGGUGUAGAGAAGAUCCCGGACGACGAAGAGGAGGACAUCAAUGCCGUUGCUGAGCAGAUCAACCAAAUUCAGAAAGCCCAAUGGAACAUCCACCGCCAUUGCUACAGUGGUACCCAUGCUCGCACCCAUGGGAUCGUCAAGGGCACAUUCAUCGUUGAUGACAACCUCCCCAAGCAUCUCAAGCAGGGUGAACUCUUCUCACACGGUGGCGAAUACAAAAUCGCUGCAAGAUACAGCACUGAACCAGGCGACCCGGGCUUGGACGACCGCAUUCCUGUUCCUCGAGGCUUUGCCAUGAAGCUCUUUGGUGUCAAGGGUGACAUGUACGAGAACUACCCUACACACGAUAUUGAGUUCAACAGCACACCAGCUCUCGACCUUGCCACUGCCAAAGUCACCCGUGAGAUCAUUGACCUUCGCAUCAAGUACGGUCACGAUCAGGAAGAACUACGCAAACAUCUCGAGAAGCGCAAUGACACAGAGCUACAGACUGCACGAGACAAAGUUCGUAACACACAUCUGGAGAGCACUCGCCAGUACUCACAGACUGCCUACCGCUUCGGAGAUUAUGUUAUGAAGUACUGCCUGGUGCCUUCGGGCGAGACACAGCGCAAGCUCUACGACGAGACCGUACGCCCCGAGCACGGCUCAGACAUCCUGCACCGCUGGCUUCAAAACUUCCAUGCCACCCACGAUGCGGAGUACCUCUUCCAAGUCCAACUGUGCGAGAAUCUGGAAGACCAACCUGUCGAGUAUGCUGGUAAGAUCUGGGACCCUGAAAAGUAUCCCUGGCAGACCGUGGCUACCGUCAAGAUUCCCAAGCAAGAGAGUUUUGACUUUGAGAGAAAGACUUUCUGGGAGGAUCAUAUGAGAGUUGACCCAUGGCACGGACUCAAGGCAUACCAACCUCUUGGUGGGCCCAACAGAUUGAGAAAGGUCGUGUAUCCCGCCUCGAGUGCACUGCGCCGUAAAAUGAAUGGCAGGAAGGAGGUUCACGUCACUAGUGUGGACGAUGUCCCCAAUUGA